UUAUCGCCCAGAAGGAACAGGGGUGACUGCGGAGCCGGUGCGAAGCGGCGGAACCAGACCUGGGCGCGGCGAGAUGGAGGUGAUGGGGAUCUCGGCGCCCACAGUGACGGUUUUCAUCAGCAGCUCCCUCAACACCUUCCGCUCCGAGAAGCGGUACAACCGCAGCCUCACCAUCGCAGAGUUCAAGUGUAAACUGGAACUGGUGGUUGGCAGCCCUGCUUCCUGCAUGGAACUGGAGCUGUAUGGAGCUGACGACAAGUUCUACAGCAAGUUGGAUCAAGAGGAUGCGCUGCUGGGCUCGUAUCCUGUAGAUGAUGGUUGCCGGAUCCAUGUCAUUGAUCACAGUGGUGUCCGGCUUGGGGAGUAUGAGGAUGUAUCCAAGGUGGAGAAAUACGAGAUCUCACAAGAAGCAUAUGACCAGAGGCAAAACACAGUUCGCUCCUUCAUGAAACGCAGCAAGCUAGGCCCAUAUAAUGAAGAGCUGCGGGCACAGCAAGAGGCCGAAGCCGCCCAGCGCCUCAGUGAGGAGAAGGCCCAAGCCAGUGCCAUCUCUGUGGGCAGCCGCUGUGAGGUGCGGGCACCUGGGCAGUCCCCUCGCCGGGGUACCGUCAUGUAUGUAGGACUCACAGAUUUCAAGCCGGGCUACUGGAUUGGCAUCCGCUAUGAUGAGCCGUUAGGGAAAAACGAUGGCAGUGUAAACGGGAAACGCUACUUUGAAUGCCAGGCCAAGUAUGGUGCCUUCGUCAAACCAUCAGUUGUAACCGUGGGGGAUUUCCUGGAGGAAGACUACGGGUUGGAUGAGAUGUGACACUGAAGAAAGGCCGUCUCCCUGCUUCCAGCCCCUGACAUAGCCACUUGCUGUUGCCCCUCUGUCUAUAUACCUGUAGCCUUCCUCCUCUGACCCUGUUUUAAUUUUAUUCAUUUACAUUAAAUUAAUCAGAACCAGG